UCUUCUCUACUUGCGGCGAGUUCGCUUGCUGUAGCCAACAAGUCACUUGACCAAAAUGGCGGCUUCACUCGCGUGAGCAUUCCACGCUGGCCCUGUUAUCACUGUUCUGCCUACCACGGUCAGGCACCGAAAUUUCUCCACAUGCCAAGAUUCUGCAAAACGAAGCCACAACUCCACCGGCUUCCAUCACCUGUAAAAUUUGAAGUUGAUUUUACAAGAUUUCGCUACCGCAUUCUACUAUUAAAGUUUUAUUUGCACUGGUAGCCAAUAUAUGUUAGUUUUGCGAUGUACAAUUGAAUGUAUUGAGAAUUUUUUGUGCCCUGCCAUGAAUUUUUAAGACAAAAAAAAAAAACAUUCAGAAGUUCAGUUUCCCCAACUUGGACUUUCACAAACUUCACCAGCCAUUGUGUCACUUCGGGCGCCUUCUUUGGCAUUCAGCCACAUGGACGCUUUUAUUGCAAUUUGCAACUGUAUCGCGGACACAACACGACUACCAUAUUAAAUUUCAGAAUUUAUCUAUACAUUCCUUCAUUAUAUUUUAACUGCUCUAUCUCAAAAUUUAAUAAGGCUUUCUUAUCAUUUCUACAUUUUCCUCUUAUCUACAUUUUCCUCUUAACCACACUCUAAUAAGGUAACCUUUAUUUUAGUUACAAUUAUAUAGAAUCCCCGUAGUGGGUAAGAACUAUUGUUUGGGAAAAAACAAAAUAAAGCAUCGCGUGGUCUACAUUUAUAUCCACAUCUACAUCGCUUGGUCAGAGCGUGCGCCGCUCGAGAGCACGGCAUCAUUUCCCACGCGCAACGGGUUCAAUAUCGAACGCUUGCUUGGAUCGCCCGCUCACUGUCAUCACCAAGGCCUCUGCAAGCUGCUGUUUUUCUAGUCCGGCUUCUACGGCACAUCGGCAAAGCAGCAGCCCCAGUGGGAGGCGUUGUCCUGCCAAGUCAUCACUUUACAGAAAGAGGACAGACUCGACCAGAGGUGAGCGUCAACGGACACCAUGAAGAAGACAUCCAGCAAGCCGAAGCAGGAAAGUCAGAACGAAAGGCAUGCACAGCCGCAUCUACAUCCGCUGCCGAAUCCGCAGCAGAAUCCACAGCAGAAUCCGCAGGAGAAUCCGCAGCAGAAUCCGCAGCCGAAUCCGCAGCCGAAUCCGCAGCCGAAUCCGCAGCCGCAGCCGAAUCGGCAGCUGCAGUCCAAUUCGCAGUUACAGCAUCAACAGCGCACUGCAACAGCAGCAGUGGCGGCGGCCUCACCCACACCGGUAGUGGUCCUGCUGGCGCAGAGCGAGUCCAGCGAGAGCACCAGCACUUCGACGUCGAGCUCGGGGAGCUCUAGCCGGCACGAGUACGGCAGUGGCACUGUGGACACGACCAGCUCGUCGACCAGCACGGCGGCCUUCCAGACCGGAAGAUGGCCGGCUGUUGGCCGCAAGCGUCGGUGCCGGUACAGCGACACCGUCUACCCUGGUUGCAGGAAGAGGUCAUCCUGCACCGACACCGGCGUCAUGACAGAGCCAAAGAGCAGCAGCAGCAAGUUCUGGCUGUACUCCGUGGUGGCCAUCGUGCUGACCGCCACCACGGCCAGCGCCAUCAGCAUGUCGCUGCGCGCCGCCGACGCCGAGUCGGACGAGCCGCGCCAUUACGUCCUGCCCAAGCAGGCGACCACCACGCAACCGCUACAGUGCAAAUGCACCAACGGCAGCGCCACGAACACGACGAAUCCCGACGCCGUCUCGCUCGACCGACGCCGCCUCACCCCCGUCGAUCCACAGUGGCGGACGACGGCUGACGGCUCAGACCGAGGGGCAGCAGGCGGGCAGUUCAAGAGCGGUACGGUCAGCCCGGACAGAGCUGCGGCAGCCGGCGGCGGUAAUGCCACCGCUGACGGACACGUGGGCGGCGAGGAUGCCUCGACCCAUGACGGCGUGCCGCAGAAGGUCGCCGAAAAGGCCCCCAAGUCACUCGUCGCGUACAAGAUCGGGCCGGGCCGACGAAAACACGGCCCACGGACGUCGCCCACGUCGCGAACGCCGGCGAAGAACGAUAUCGGUACGCAAGCGGUGCGCGAGGUACAGACGCACGUGAACCCGGGACAACCAGAAUCCGCAGCCAGAUCGUUGACGACGUUCAAGCACGCCACUGGAACGAACGAGAAGACCAGCACUUCGAAGACGACCUCUCUGUCCUCGAAGACGGGGCACGGCAUCGAAGCACGGAAUCGAGGAGGCUACCGUUCGGAAGCCGGAGAGGCCGCCGGUCAACGUGUACGGUGA